UUGCGAAGUUGUGUUUUGGCGGGGAACCGAAAGGAAAUGAUGGCUGCCCCCGUUCACCGAGCUCUACGAUUUCGUCCAACUAAUGAUCCCUCCCCGUUAGCGUUUUACGCAGUUCUCUAAUGCCGUUCGAUUAUUUUCAGAGCAGUUGUAGCUGCAGCCUUACUGAUUGUUUUCUAGGCACGCUAGUCGAAGUAUUUUUCUGGUUUUGGUAGUCGGUACUGACCCGGUGCUUUGACAGUAUGCAGAGCGGCACCCGCCCCCAGCUUGCUUGGCAGAGGGAGCAUAUGUGGCUGGCUCUGCAGGGAUUGGGGUUCGAGUCGGGCGUGGCGGCAACUAUUGCAGGCAAGACCCUGGCCCAUGUAACGUUUGGAGAAAACAUGUUCGACAAGCCAAAUAAGGAUGCAUUUUAUGUGGUCUUUCACUUUCUUUUUGGAAAGCUGGAUAAUAUGCGAUGCAAGGAGGUUUUCAGGUAUUGUUGGCCUCCAAUAGAAAAGAAGAGAGAUGCUGAAUUCAGAAAAGCAUGCUAUGAAUGGCUUAAAAAAAUUUCUGAUGAAGUUGGUGCUGGCUUUCCUCAAGUGGUGGCUUCAAUAUUUCUCUCACCUGGUGGUCCCAAGUUUGUGCAUCUCUUGUAUCAUUUUGCAAGAUAUGUUAUGUUACAGCAUAUUAAAAGAGAUGCUAAUGGUGCCAGUGUUUUUAUCUCUGAAGCUCUGCAGUGUAAAAUUCAAGACCCCCAGAAAGCAUUGGCAAGAAAUAAGGUGGCUCGCCAGAAGUAUUUAAUGGUUUUGCAGAGAGAGAACCUUGUUAUCAAAGAAUAUCAAAGAAAAGCCCAGUUACUCAUAAAACAAAUAAGGGACAUGCGUUCAGAACAUGUUGCAUUGCAGAACCAACAAAUAAUGAUUGAAAAGGUAAACGGUAACAUCAGUGAUAAGGAUGAAAAUAUUCUUAAGAUACGGUGUAUGUGGAAUGCUGUUAUGCAAAUGUUAAAGAUGAUUGAAAAGGAAGUGGAUGUUGUGGAUGCUGUGGUCAGAGGUAACAUCGAUCAGUAUUCUUUAGAUGGAACAAACACAACCUUAAACAUCCCAAAUCUGCUGAUAUCCAGAAUUGAAAGUGAAAUGCACAGGUUGCAAAUGGAGAAUGUCUAUGAAGCCGGAAAAGUAAAUCUUUUAACAGUUGUUCAGUUGCUAAAUGAAGCUCUAAAACUGGUAAAUGGAGAACGCUGUCUACAUGACUGCAAAGAAAUUCAUCUAGAUCUACAGUAUCUUAAUGGGAAAGCAAAGUUUGAGAGUGAGGUUUUAACAAGACUGAGAAAUAUGAGGCAAAAAAUAAAACGUGAAGAUCUGAUGUCUAUUGAAAAAUCUAUUUCAGACAAAGAAAGAGAAUGGGAAAGAAAAUGGGAAAAGAUCCUUGGGAAGUCUCCUUUCAGUCUAUUAAAAGGACUAAACCCAGCACUAGAAUUGAACCCUCCUAUGGCCCCUUUUUCAUUUGACCCUGCUUCAGAGGAAGUACUGAAAAGUAGUGUAUUUUGUCAUUACCCAGCUUCUUUGCCUGAUUAUUCUCACAAAGAGAAGGCCUUAAAGGACUUAAAUCAAGAUCAUGGCGGAGAGUUAUUACAAAGGUUAAUCGGUGCCACAGUUUUAACACCCUCUGGAAGGAACUCUUCACGUGGAAUUGCAACUCCAAUUAGACGCAGAAUGUCUCUAAAUGAAAAAGAUUUUAAGACUCCAAACAUGAAUGAUCGAACUGGGUUCCAAAGAACUCCAAGUUCUUCAGUACAGAAGAGAAGGUCUGAUGUGAGCUGGAAAACUGCAGCAAAUAGUCCAUUGCCCCAUACACCAACACCUUGUAAACAAGAUCCCAAGAAUAUGGCACGGCAGCAGCUUGCUCAGCAGGUUGCCGACUACAUUGUUUCUGAAACGCCUAGAUCAUCAGGAGGAAGGGGAAUGGAGCUGGAUGACUUAUUAGGCAUUUUAUCCUCAGAUCCCUUCUUAUCAAGGAAAGAGAUCCCUAGAACUCCUGAAAAUUUAAUUUCAGAUAUUAGAAGUUCAUGGAGAAAAGCUAUCCAGAGUGAAGAAUCUUCAGAUGUUGCAAGCCCUGUGCCAGCUCCAUGCAUGGAUUCGACAGCAGAACUAGAAUCUGCACAUUGCAGUCAAAUAGAUUUGAGCAUGGCCUGCUUUCUGUCUACUUCUCAUGCUUCAGAUCAAAAUGAUUGCUCAGGAACAAGAAUUCCUCCUAAUACCAGUGGAACUUGUGCUCCUAGUCUUCACAGUGAUGUUGGUCACCAGGAAAUAAGUCAUCAGAAAAGUGAAAUUGAUUCAUUAAAGCCAGGAGAUUUGAGUCUUCCUAUAAAGGAAAGUAGGCAUGCUGAUACACUGAUAAAUCUCCUUGAUGACAAAAUUGAAGAAAAUGAGAAUGCUGACACAAUGAUCAAACCAACAGAAAAUAAAAACAAAAUUGUUUUUGGCAACCAGUCAAUUAGUAAAUUAAUUGACAAAACAAUGUUUAUUUCUGUCUCUGGUCAAGAAAAUCUGUCUGCACAUACAACUCUCUCAUGGAAUUCAUCAAAUGUGUUAACUUGUGAUAGUAGUUCAGACAACCAUGAGGUAAUCCAGUUUGGAAUUUUGCAUGAAACCCUGCCUGAGAAUGCUGGGAAUGUAAGUCUUAAUAGCACACUUGGUUCAUGGGGUAAUGAACAUUUUGAGAAAAGUGAUUUACCAGACCAUGACUUUACCUUUGAUAUAAAUGAACAUUCAUCCAGAAGUGUGGAGGGUAAAAUGGAUAUACAUUCUAUUCGCAGUCGGUAUGAAGCCCUCAAACGGACUUUAACAUCUUUGACAGAUGAAGAGCAUCAUGGUGAUAAUGACACCUCUAGUAUGAGGUUUACCAAGCAUAAAUCUGAGUCAAGUCUCACACUUGGAUCUGCUGUGUACAGCCCUGUGGAAAAAGCUUUAACAUUGGACUUGGAGUAUUUAACUACUCCCUCACCAAAGGACAGAAAACUUUCUCUCCCACAACUGAUAUCUUUUUCUCCAGAAAACAUUAGUUCAGAGAAGCAAGCAGACCUUUUAGAUGUUUUUGAGCCCCAAGAUUUCGAAAACCCAAAUAAAACCUUUGAUUUUAUGAGCUCUGGUUUAGACCUCCAUAAAAGCACAGAUGAAGGCCUGGAACAGCUAAUUAAAUUAUGAAGUUAUGGUUGUAUGUCUGACAAAUCUGUAAGAUAUGUUGAUAGUUAAUAUUUAUGAAUAAACAAACCUCAGUUUAAUGAGUUGAAAAGCCGCCAUAUACCUUUUCCUUCCCUCAGUAAUGAGUAAUGUGCAGUGCUAAAUGGCAAACACAGGUUGCUUUUAAAAACAUUCCGUUAUGAGUGACAUGCUAGAAAGCAGAAAUUGAAUCAAUCUCCCUUUAUUAGAUUUUGUUAAAGGUGUUGAUAAGGUUAAAUGAUUCUUUCAAUUAACUUAUUUUGAUGUGAGGUUUCAUCUCUCCAUUUUGCUUAUGAAGAGUAAGAUUAAUAAUAAAAGUAACUAUUUUUCCCUCAGAGCAAAUAUGCUUUGCUGUAUUUAGAAAUUGAAUUUUGUACACAUUUCUGAAUUAAUAUCUAAUUCAAGGGUAACCACACCACCUUUGGAUUAGUGAAAAUUUGCACUUUUAAUCUGUCAGUGAAAAUAUGGCAAGCUGGAUUUUCUAAGUAAAAAUCUUCUAUAUACACUGAAUAUUAAAGUCUUUAUUAAAUGGAUAAAGAUGAAUUAAAGGUUUACAGAGUUAGCCACAUAGUAACCCUUGCAUUUUAUAGUGAUUUCAGAUUUCUUUGUCAUAAAACAUAUCCACUCACAACUCAAACUGGUAAAUACCUCCCAAAAGCCCUUUCAUUUGAACACUAUUAAGGGCUGUCCUGAACUUUUUUUUACUGGCACUCUAAAAUAGACAUGGUAGGAGUUGUCUUACAUUAUAUCAAUAUUUCAGUUUUUCUCUUACUUUGCACAACUUGUUUCAAUAAAUUAGUCAUGUAUCAGAUGUUUUGAGCACCUAAAAACCUGAAGGAAAUAGUCUUUUUUUUUUUUUUUUUUUUCCUUUGAAAGAGGUUUUAUUUAUUUAAUGUAAUUAAAUUUAGACUAACUUUAGUUAUACUAACUUUAGCUAGUAAUGUGGCCUAAACUAAAAUAGUCUAAUUCAGUUUCUUCUGAAUAAUGGUGUGAGACAAAAACCAAUAAAUAUUUUCAAAAGGA